GGUGGCCGGGGACACACAGGAGCGGCGGCCGCCGAGGAGGGAGCAGCGCCGGAGCCCCGACGGCGCCUCGCUGCAUGGAGCCGGGCCGCUGAGCGCUGUCGCCCCCCGACAACCUCUGACCUCCCGGGACCUCGGGACCCCGUGCCCGGGCUCGCCGUCGGCUCGCUCCCUGUCAGCCUCGGGACGUCCCGUGCCUCCGGCGCCCCUGGGUCCCUGGAGCCCGGCGUUCCGUCCGGCCAUGGAGCGGUGCAGCCGCUGCCGCCGCCUCCUGCUGCUCGUGCCGCUGGUGCUGGGGCUGAGCGGGGCCCCCGCCGGGGCAGGUGCACCCCCUGUGGAUGUGCUCCGGGCACUGAGGUUCCCCUCCCUCCCUGAUGGUGUCCGGAGGGCAAGAGGCAUGUGUCCAGCUGAUGUGGCCUACCGAGUGUCCCGACCUGCUCAGCUCAGCGCACCCACCCGCCAGCUCUUCCCAGGAGGUUUUCCCAAAGAUUUCUCUCUGUUGACUGUGGUCCGGACCCGCCCUGGUCUCCAAGCUCCCCUCCUGACUCUCUAUAGUGCCCAGGGCAUCCGACAGCUGGGCCUGGAGCUUGGCCGACCUGUCCGCUUCCUGUAUGAGGACCAGACUGGCCGGCCUCGACCUCCAGCUCAGCCAGUCUUCAGAGGCCUCAACCUAGCAGAUGGCAAGUGGCACCGUGUGGGUGUGGCUGUGAAGGGCCAAUCUGUCACCCUCAUUGUUGACUGCAAGAAGCGAGUCACCCGGCCGCUCACCCGAAGUGCUCGUCCAGUGUUGGACACCCAUGGAGUGAUCAUCUUUGGUGCCCGUAUCCUGGAUGAAGAAGUCUUUGAGGGUGAUGUCCAAGAGCUUGUCAUUGUUCCGGGGGUCCAAGCUGCCUACGGAUCCUGUGAACAGAAGGAGCUGGAGUGUGAGGGGGAUUGGAGGGAGAGACCUCAGAAACAACAGUCUCACAGAGCCCAGAGGUCUCCAAAGCAGCAACCAGCAAGACUUCAUCGGCCCCAAAACCAGGAACCCCAGAGACAGCCCACUGAGUCUCUCCACUAUGACUACGAGCCCCUCUAUUACGAUGAGAUGACUGCGGGGACAACCCCUGACUACCAGUACCCCACCCCCGGAGAAGAGGAAGGAAUCCUGGAGUCCAGCCCCUUGCCACCCCCUGAGGAGGAGCAGACAGAUCUCCAGGUCCCCUCCACAGCUGACAGGUUCCUGACAGAGGAAUAUGGGGAGGGUGGCACAGACCCCCCAGCAGGGCCCUACGAUUACACCUAUGGCUAUGGGGACGAUUACCGUGAGGAGACGGAACUUGGCCCUGCCCUCUCUGCGGAGACAGCCCACUCAGGAGCCGCUGCCCAUGGACCCCGGGGGCUGAAGGGAGAGAAGGGGGAGCCUGCAGUUCUGGAACCUGGUAUGCUAGUGGAGGGGCCGCCUGGCCCAGAAGGCCCUGCGGGAUUGACUGGUCCCCCUGGCAUCCAGGGCAACCCAGGCCCAGUUGGAGACCCUGGCGAGAGGGGCCCUCCUGGCCGAGCAGGGCUCCCUGGAUCAGAUGGGGCCCCUGGCCCGCCCGGCACAUCCCUCAUGCUCCCAUUCCGGUUUGGCAGUGGUGGGGGAGACAAGGGCCCUGUGGUGGCUGCCCAGGAGGCUCAGGCCCAGGCGAUUCUGCAGCAGGCUCGGCUGGCGCUCCGUGGACCCCCUGGACCCAUGGGAUACACAGGUCGCCCUGGACCCUUGGGACAACCUGGGAGUCCUGGUCUGAAGGGAGAAUCUGGAGACCUAGGACCUCAGGGCCCCAGAGGACCUCAGGGCCUCACAGGCCCUCCCGGCAAGGCUGGGCGGAGGGGCCGAGCGGGUGCUGAUGGAGCCCGAGGGAUGCCUGGAGAACCUGGAGUAAAGGGCGACCGAGGCUUUGAUGGGCUCCCAGGGCUUCCUGGGGAGAAGGGACACAGGGGAGAUACUGGUGUCCACGGCCUUCCUGGCCCCCCUGGCGAGGAUGGAGAGCGGGGAGACGAUGGGGAGAUUGGGCCUCGGGGGCUGCCUGGAGAGUCGGGACCUCGAGGUCUCCUUGGCCCUAAAGGCCCACCUGGUAUCCCUGGACCCCCGGGCGUCCGAGGCAUGGAUGGUCCCCAAGGUCCCAAAGGGAGCUUGGGACCCCAAGGGGAGCCGGGACCUCCCGGACAGCAGGGAACUCCUGGGACCCAGGGCCUCCCUGGGCCUCAGGGUGCCAUUGGCCCUCAUGGAGAGAAGGGUCCUCUGGGGAAACCAGGGCUCCCCGGCAUGCCUGGCUCAGACGGACUCCCGGGUCACCCCGGGAAGGAAGGUCCCCCAGGAACCAAAGGAAACCAGGGUCCAUCUGGACCUCAGGGCCCUCUCGGGUACCCUGGACCCCGAGGUGUCAAGGGUGUGGACGGAAUUCGGGGUCUGAAGGGUCAUAAGGGUGAAAAGGGCGACGAUGGCUUUCCUGGGUUCAAAGGUGACAUGGGUGUGAAAGGUGACAGGGGCGAGGUCGGAGUCCCUGGUUCCAGAGGAGAGGAUGGUCCCGAGGGGCCGAAGGGCCGCACUGGACCCACUGGAGACCCUGGGCCCACUGGGCUCAUGGGCGAGAAGGGCAAGCUGGGUGUUCCUGGUCUGCCUGGCUAUCCCGGACGCCAGGGUCCCAAGGGGUCCCUAGGAUUUCCUGGUUUUCCUGGAGCCGGCGGAGAGAAGGGAGCCCGGGGCCUGUCCGGGAAGUCAGGGCCUCGGGGCGAGCGGGGCCCCACGGGUCCACGGGGUCAGCGGGGGCCCCGAGGCGCCACUGGGAAGUCUGGAGCUAAGGGAACAUCGGGUGGCGACGGCCCCCACGGGCCCCCCGGAGAAAGGGGUCUCCCUGGGCCUCAGGGCCCCAACGGAUUUCCUGGCCCCAAAGGCCCUCCGGGCCCCUCUGGGAAGGACGGGCUGCCGGGACACCCGGGCCAGAGAGGAGAAGUGGGUUUCCAAGGGAAGACCGGCCCGCCUGGUCCCCCAGGGGUGGUGGGGCCUCAGGGAGCAGCAGGAGAAACCGGGCCCAUGGGGGAGAGAGGUCACCCAGGCCCCCCAGGGCCCCCUGGAGAGCAAGGACUGACGGGAACAGCUGGAAAAGAAGGCACGAAGGGAGACCCGGGCCCUCCUGGGGCCCCAGGGAAGGAUGGCCCCGCUGGGCUGAGGGGCUUCCCAGGAGAGAGAGGCCUCCCCGGCACUGCUGGCGGAGCCGGUUUGAAGGGAAAUGAAGGUCCGGCCGGCCCCCCUGGUCCUGCGGGCUCCCCUGGGGAACGCGGUGCAGCGGGAUCCGGGGGACCCAUUGGCCCCCCUGGGCGCCCAGGACCUCAGGGUCCCCCGGGAGCAGCAGGAGAGAAAGGUGUCCCGGGUGAGAAGGGCCCCAUUGGCCCCACUGGCCGUGAUGGGGUGCAGGGCCCCGUGGGGCUUCCCGGGCCUGCUGGGCCCCCAGGCGGGGCAGGAGAAGAUGGGGACAAGGGUGAGGUGGGCGACCCUGGACAGAAGGGCACUAAAGGGAACAAAGGUGAACAUGGCCCUCCUGGACCCCCUGGACCCAUCGGGCCUGUGGGGCAGCCUGGAGCCGCGGGAGCAGAUGGGGAGCCCGGGGCCCGGGGACCUCAGGGACACUUUGGAGCCAAAGGUGAUGAAGGAACGAGAGGAUUCAAUGGGCCCCCCGGACCCAUUGGCCUGCAGGGCUUGCCAGGCCCCUCGGGGGAGAAGGGAGAAACAGGAGACGUGGGCCCUAUGGGACCACCUGGCCCCCCAGGACCUCGAGGCCCCGCUGGACCCAAUGGAGCUGAUGGUCCUCAAGGUCCCCCAGGAGGUGUUGGGAACCUGGGUCCCCCUGGAGAGAAGGGGGAGCCAGGAGAUUCAGGAUCUCCCGGGGUCCAGGGAGAGCCAGGCGCCAAGGGCCCACGCGGGGAGCGUGGGGAGAAAGGCGAGUCCGGGCAGCCGGGAGAGGCGGGACCACCAGGCCCCAAAGGCCCCACUGGGGAUGACGGCCCCAAAGGGAACCCUGGCCCCGUUGGCUUUCCUGGCGACCCUGGCCCUCCUGGAGAAGGCGGCCCUCGCGGCCAGGACGGUGCGAAGGGUGACCGUGGAGAGGAUGGCGAGCCCGGGCAGCCUGGAUCCCCUGGUCCCACUGGGGAGAAUGGACCCCCUGGGCCACUUGGAAAGCGGGGUCCUGCCGGCACGUCUGGUCCUGAGGGGCGACAAGGAGAGAAGGGAGCCAAGGGGGAUCCCGGUGCUGUGGGUGCCCCGGGAAAGACAGGCCCAGUGGGUCCCGCAGGCCCAGCAGGAAAACCUGGUCCCGAUGGUCUGAGGGGGCUCCCGGGCUCAGUGGGCCAGCAAGGUCGUCCUGGGGCCACAGGUCAGGCCGGGCCCCCAGGUCCUGUGGGACCCCCAGGGCUCCCUGGCCUCCGUGGUGAUGCUGGGGCCAAGGGAGAGAAGGGCCACCCAGGUCUCAUCGGGCUGAUCGGGCCCCCGGGGGAGCAGGGAGAGAAGGGAGACCGGGGGCUUCCUGGCCCUCAGGGCUCUGCUGGACAGAAGGGGGAGACGGGCAUCCCCGGAGCCUCUGGCCCCAUUGGUCCUGGAGGGCCCCCUGGCCUCACUGGACCUGCUGGCCCCAAGGGAGCCAAGGGAGCCACAGGCCCAGCGGGACCCAAGGGAGAGAAGGGCGUCCAGGGCCCUCCGGGACACCCGGGCCCCCCAGGCGAGGUGAUCCAGCCCCUGCCCAUCCAGAUGCCCAAGAAGACUCGGCGCUCAGUGGACGGAAGCCGCCUGAUGCAGGAAGAUGAGGCCGUGCCGACCGGGGGCGCCCCGGGCAGUGCUGGGGGGCUGGAGGAGAUCUUUGGCUCGCUGGACUCCCUGCGGGAGGAGAUCGAGCAGAUGAGGCGGCCGACAGGGACCCAGGACAGCCCUGGGCGCACCUGCCAGGACCUGAAGCUCUGCCACCCAGAGCUGCCCGAUGGAGAGUACUGGGUGGACCCCAACCAGGGCUGCGCCCGCGACGCCUUCCGCGUGUUCUGCAACUUCACGGCGGGCGGGGAGACCUGCGUGCUGCCCCGGGACGAUGUCACACAGUUCUCCUACGUGGACUCAGAGGGCUCCCCGGUAGGCGUGGUCCAGCUCACCUUCCUUCGGCUGCUCAGCGUCUCCGCCCACCAGGACGUCUCCUACCCGUGCUCUGGGCUGGCCCGGGACGGCCCCCUGAAGCUCAGGGGGGCCAAUGAGGAUGAGCUGAGCCCUGACACCAGCCCCUACGUCAAGGAAUUCAGAGCCGGCUGUCAGACACAGCAAGGCCGGACGGUGCUGGAGGUGCGGACCCCUGUGCUGGAGCAGCUGCCAGUGCUGGAUGCCUCCUUCUCAGACUUGGGGGCCCCCCCGAGGCGGGGUGGGGUGCUGCUGGGGCCUGUCUGCUUCAUGGGCUAGGAUUCUUCUCUGUCCGACCCUGUCAGUGGAAACCAGGCCCCUGCAGCCCACCGCAUCGGCUCGGGCCACCUCCCAGGAGGGCCCCUCACCAGCUGGGGCCCUGCGUCAGGGCACGGAGAGCCCCCAUCAGGGGCCGACCAGGGAGGGGGGAGCGGUGCCAGGCCACCCCGGGGAGGGGUGGCACCUGGGGCUCCGGGUCCCCCACCUGGAGCCUGUGACCUGUUAGCCAGCUGACACACUUAUUUAAAACUCACCUCCCAAUCACCCCAAACAAGAGGAAGAGAAGAGAAAGGACACUGUGUAUUUUGUAUUUAAAAGUAAUUAUAUUAAUUAUUUAAA